AUCAAGGGAGGCAGUUUAGUAACAACUGAAUCGUAAAGUGGACGUGCUGUUUUAGUUUAUUUGCUAUUGUUCUAUUUGUAUAUAACUUAACCGUGACGGAUUUGUGAUGAGUGUCACUAAAUUAACAUGGCUGCUAUUAGAGUUUCCAUUUAAACUGACCUUAAGAAAGUUCGUUAGAGUGGCCAGUUAAACGUCAGUGGAAAUCUUUAUAUCUACAUAAGGCGAAGUGACAUCAAUAGGUGCGAUAGAAGUGAACAUAACGAGUGAAUGGAAACCAGAACUCGGAUGGAAGGUGAUGUGUAACUGGCAAACAUUGGACAACGACACAUUACAGUCUGUCAGGUUAUAUAACAAUGGACAACAGUUCAUGAUUUAUAGACCAGAGAAACAUGGACAUACUCGUAAUGAGAUAUUUAACACACCCGAAAAGAAAAUAAACGUUAAUUGCGCCUUAACAAGAGACCGAGGGCAAGAAGGUUUUUGUAAUCUGUUGUUAGAGCCGUAUCAACCUCCGAUAAGUGACUUUACUUAUUCUUGCGAAGUGUCUGGUGAGAGACCAAUGUUCCGUAUCGGCAAGAAAGAUUUCGCUGUCAAGAUCCUCGUACCACCUUCGGACGCCGAGGUUGUGAGCCACGUGCAUGAUGAAUCAUUGCCUAGUCGCGUGAUGUUGAACUGUUCUUCCACGGGUCUACCCGCUCCGAAUUUGCAAUGGACAGUUGAUAAUGAUAAGUUACAAGCAGAUUUCACGGGCAGAAUCUGGAACGCGACCUCUAAGCUGUGGAAAGUGUGGUCCUAUCUCUCGUACACGCGAAUAGAUGACUCCAAGGUUCUGUGUAGACCUGAGAUCAUUUAUAACGGUGAUAUCUUCAGUGGAAAACCGGCCGAGUUUAACUCCGCUAGCCGACUACUUGGUACAUCGGUUCUCUCACUGAGCGUUUUAUUUCUUGUGACAUUUAUAAGAUAGUGAGGUGAAAUUUAAAUGACAUUUACUUAAAUGAAACAAAAACAGAGAUGUAUCGUUUUACUUCCACAAUAAUAUCGUUGACUUAACAAUCUUUAGGAUUAUGUUACACUGGAACGAAGAGCACAGAUUAUAAAAAAAAGUGUCUUAUAAAUAAACCCGUAUUCACACUUGGCAUGUACUAAGAUCGAAAUUUAUAUUACUAUAUGUUAUACUGUGAAUCUGUUCAGGAUUAACUAUGGACAUAUAUAAACACACUGUAUAUUAAGUAUUUACAUAUAAUUAAAAAUAGUAGUGUAACAGCUGAGUGGAAACAACCAUAGAACUUUAAUUGUAAGUAAGAUUUACGUAUGUUCAUUUGAUUAUAUAGAUAUUAUGGUUAGUGGAAUUAAAAUCGAUCGACAGAUUAUGAUGAAAUAAGACUCGAAUAUAGAUAGAUAGAUGGAAUGCUCGUCCGUCGAUUGCUUUUAAAUUCACUACAAUACGUAACCACAGAUAAUUAAACUUACAUGAUUAUAUAUCAACAGCAUUCGAAUAUAUUUGGCAUCAGAUAUUGAAUUACUAGAUUUAUAUAUAUAUAUAUUUGUAUUUAAUAUUAUCUAGAAUAGACAACUUAAUAGACAUCUUUAUGAACGUACAUAGUUUUUGUUGUAAAUAAAAUUUCAAUUAAACUUUUUAUAUAAUUAAGAAUAAAACUAAGUCAAGCUCAAUAUAACUCGAGAUACAUUUGACUAGAUGUGCUAUAGUAUUAUAUAUAUUUUCAAUGAGUAACUACCCUCAUUAUGAGAAAACACGAAAACCAUAAGGUUAUAUAAGAAUCAUUCUAUCAACAAAAAUACUAUAUGUUACGAGUUAAAAAUUUGUGCGUGUUUAUCAUUGUAAACAAUGACACAUUCAAGCGAGACGAUACGGACUUAAAGUCCAAGAAAUAUACAAAGAAAAAAAAGGCCAUUGGUUUAAAUCGACCUCAUAACUAUUAAUAUUUUUUUUAUUCUCAAUUAAACACGACCGUUUGUUUAACGGAUAGUUUUUUGUUAACGUACGGACCAAAUUUGACUACAGAAUCGAACAUUCAAUCUCCACAUUAUCACAGUUCACUUCCCUUUCCUUCCAUACAACAAUCUUGCUAUAUUUGUAUAGAAAAAUCGUCGAUAGAAUCCGAACGAUCCUAAUCAGUCCACAUUAAUGAGAUCUAAGACUUUCGCGAGUUGUAUUCAUUUAACUGAAACUAGUAUAUUUUCGGAUAUUCGGAUAUACCUACUACGUGUGCUUUAUUUUUGUAAAAAAACUACAUACUGCAUACUCCCGACGUUUCGGUUACUUUUCAGCGACCGUGAUCACGGGCAGACGAGAUGUCCACAUUAAGGUUAAACUCAAAGUGUCGAGACGAGAAUAUUAUAAAGAUAAAUUAUUAACUAGAUCCGAAAUAACGUGCGUUUUCACUGUCACAGUGACAUUGUAUGGAACUGUGUGAAUAAAAAUAUAUUAAAUUAAUACAUAACACACAGAUAUUACACCAAUACAUCAAGAAACCAGCCGGGUGGUAUGUACAUAUAUAUAGUUUUAUCAUAUCACAUCACAACAUACGCGGGACGUGACGCGCUCUUUAAAGGUAACAUUUUGACCAUUUUACGAGUACCUCUGUUGAUUCUAAAUUCAAAUAUUAUCUUAGUCAUUGACUAUAAUAAAUUUUUCAGUAAAUAAUUUUAAAAUAGGUUAGUAUCGACGAAGGUGUUUUAUUUUCAGCCGCUUAACUAAAAACUAAUUUUCAAAGAAAAUUUUCUACUAAAUUUAUAUUUUCCUAUACAACCAAGUUGUUUUGUUAUUUUUAUGUUUUUUGUUAACGCUUCAGCUAAAUUAAAUUUAAUUAAAUAUAUGAUUUAAAUAAUUGAAUUUAUGUAAAAAUAGAUAUAAAUUUAAAAUUAAAUAUCGAUUAAGACGAAUAAAAAUAUUCCAUGAAA